GUCAGUUAAUUCAUUUAUCAUGAAGACAGGACAGGCAACUCAUUCUGUUUAUGUCAAUGCAUAGCCAUACAUAUAAUAACAAGGAGAAAAUGGAUUGGAUGAAAAUUGCAAAAGAUUGAUUCCACCAAUGCAAGUGGGGCUAUUACAACCUUUCUGUGCUAGAAGAUGUUGUCGAAAACUACAAGAAGGCGAAAAUCCCACUUGAUGUGAUAUGGAAUGAUGCUGAUCACAUGGAUGGCCUCAAGGACUUCACACUCAAUCCAAUUAACUACCCUCGUUCCAAGUUUUUAGAAUUCUUGGACAGAAUACAUGGCAUUGGCAUGAAAUACAUAGUAAUCGUUGAUCCAGGAAUUGCUGUUAACUCCAGUUACGGUGUAUAUCAAAGGGGUAUGGCUAAUGAUGUUUUCAUCAAGUAUGAAGGGGAACCCUUCGUGGCUCAAGUUUGGCCAGGAAUAGUGUAUUUCCCUGAUUUUCUCAAUCCAAAAACAGUUUCCUGGUGGGGUGAUGAGAUCCGUCGCUUCCAUGAACUUGUCCCUGUUGAUGGCCUAUGGAUUGACAUGAAUGAGAUUUCAAAUUUCUGCACCGGAAAGUGCAAAAUUCCUAAGGGAAGAAAGUGUCCAAGUGGAACAGAACCUUCUGUGUCAUGUUGCUUAGAUUGCACAACCAACACAAGCACAAGGUGGGAUGAUCCUCCCUACAAAAUUAACGCUUCAGGAGUAGAGGCUCCUAUAGGCUCGAGAACCAUAGCCACUAGUGCAGUUCACUACAACGGUGUUUUGGAGUAUGAUGCUCACAGCAUUUAUGGUUUCUCUGAAGCCAUUGCAACUCACAAGGCCCUUCAAGGGCUUCAAGGAAAAAGGCCUUUCAUUUUGUCACGCUCCACUUAUGUGGGUUCAGGCAAAUAUGCUGCACAUUGGAGUGGUGACAUUAGGGCCACGUGGGAGGACUUAAGAUACUCGAUAACUACAAUGCUCAAUUUUGGAAUAUUUGGGGUGCCUAUGGUUGGUUCAGACAUAUGUGGUUUCUUUUCAGUUGAAACCACACCUCAUGAAGAGCUCUGCAAUCGGUGGAUUGAAGUUGGUGCCUUCUACCCUUUCUCAAGGGACCAUGCAAAUUUUGACUCCCCUAGACAAGAACUUUACCAAUGGGAAUCAGUGGCUGAAUCUGCUAGAAAUGCUUUAGGUAUGAGGUAUAAGCUCCUCCCAUAUCUAUACACCCUUAACUAUGAGGCUCAUAUUAGUGGAGCACCAAUUGCAAGGCCUCUUUUCUUCUCAUUUCCAACUUGCACUGAAUGCUAUGGCCUCAGCACUCAGUUCUUAAUAGGGAGCAAUCUAAUGAUUUCUCCUGUGCUUGAGCAAGGAAAAACACAAGUCACGGCACUCUUCCCUCCUGGAACAUGGUACAGUCUGUUUGAUUUAACUCAGACCAUUGUGUCAAAAGAUGGAAACAAUGUUACCCUUGAUGCACCUUUGCAUGUGGUGAAUGUGCAUGUGUAUCAGAAUGCAAUUCUUCCCAUGCAACAGGGUGGAAUGGUCACUAAGGAUGCUAGAAUGACACCCUUCAGCCUCAUUGUGACCUUCCCUGCUGGUGCAACUGAAGGAUCAGAAGCCAAAGGGGACCUAUUCCUUGAUGAUGAUGAGGUGCCAGAAAUGAAGGUUGGAAAUGGCUAUUCAACCUACGUUGUUUUCCAUGCAAGUGUCAAAGAAGGAAAGGUGAAAGUUUGGUCAGAAGUGCAAGAGGGCAAGUUUGCUUUAGACAAAGGUUGGGUUAUUGACACUAUACAAGUGUUGGGGUUAAAGUCAAACCGAAAUGGAACACUUGUACCAGAAAUUGAGAUUGAUGGGAAACCAUCAAUGGGCGUAUCAAAGGUGCAAGUUAGUACAACUCAACAAAAGUACUUAUCCGGGCAGGGUGGUGAAGAAAAUAUAUCGAUGGUAGGGUUGACGGGAUUGAAUAUUCCUGUAGGUAAAGGAUUUGCUGUGACGUGGUAGAUGGGAGCAUAAGUUGAGACUUGAGAAUAAGAGAUUGUCUCACCUUCGUUGAGACUUUGUAACUUCUUUUAUGUUUUCUCUGAACUCUCGUUAGCGUCGUGGAAGAAAAGGAAAUGAGCUAGAAUUAAGCUCGUCCUUUGUCCAUUGAAUAAUAUUUUCUUUCGUAAGAAGAUAGUGUCAAACAAAUGCCCCUUAGCAGUGAUAAAUUAAAUCUUAAGCUUUACA